CGAGGCACCCAAUCGAGCGGACGCUUUUUUCCCAUUUCCCAGUAGCUCUUCGCUUACGCAAAACUAGUUGACAUAGCAGGGCAAACACGCGCUAGAAGUUCGGGUUCAAUCCGUUUGCUAGGAAGAGGGUGGAUUAGGAGGUCCUUCGUGGAGAGUGGACAAUAAUCCGACAAUUUCCCCUGUUUUUCGACUGAUUUUGUCCCGAGUGUCAGAGUGUCAGUGGUCAGUGUGAGAUGAUGAUACGCGGUUGCAGUGAACCGAUCGCGAAAAGGGUGUGAAUUGGAUAUGUUUAUCUAGUGAUGAACGAAAGAAUUUGAAGGAUUAGGAAAAAGUUUGACUCGGGAUUGGUGAAGUGAGUUGGAGAUUCAAAGUUGUGAUUUUGAGAGUGAGCAUUUGAGGUGAAGAAGACUGAGGAUUAAUUCCAUUGCGUCGUUGCUAGAACCGGAAAAGGGACACCCGCAGCAGUUGAUCGCGUGACGAGCCAGACAACCGUCGUGUCGGAACGCAGACAGUUGACCGUCUCAAAGAUGGCGCACCUAUCACCACCGCCUUCGCCACCAGCGCUGAUUGGCCAAACGCCGGCCAGUCCCCUCGAGCUGAGUGCCUCCUCGGCCAAUCUGAUCCAACGGGCGUCGGCGUUCAGUUCCGUGCUGGGACAAAAAUGGAAUUCCAGAGACAUCCCGCUGCUGUACAAUCCCCUGUUCUACUCGGGCGCCGCCUUCCUAUGGCCACAGUUCCUGCUGCCCCAGCAGCCAAUCACACCGAUCUCACCGAGUUUGGUCCACUCGCGGGACUAUACGUUGACCCCGGAGAAGGAGGAAAUCGUUGACGAGGACAUGCCGCUGAAUCUAUCGAUGAAACCUUCCGCGUCUUCGACGCCAAACUCACGCUCCACAACGGCUGCCGCCGCGGCAGCUGCAGCUUCCCUUGCCCACUCGAUCCACAUCUGGUCGCCAGCCAGCAUGUGCGAGAAGGAAACCAUCGACGACAACCAAAGCAAUAUCGACAUCGAAAACGACGACGACGACGACGACGAUGACGAUGAACGGAACAAUGGUCACGACGAUGGGGGAGACUCGUCGAGUGGGGAACUGCAGAUCGACGAAGCCCAAGAACUGCAGCAUCAUCACCAGCAUCACCAUCACAACCACCACCAGCAGCAGCAGCAUCAGCAUCAGCAGAUGAUGGAAAGUCAGAAGGCUCGCAUUUUGACGGAAUACAACAAUCUUCUGCUGAACAGUGGCGCCGCCAGCGGGAAGAACGAGCGGAACUAUUUCAAUUACAGCAAGAUUAGCAAGGGUUACUUCACGCAUCUGCAGCAGCAGCAGAAAAAUUUGGACAUCUUGAGACAGAACCGUACGGAUGUGUUUGUGGUGAAAAAUAAUAACAAUAACAAUCGGGACGGUGUGAAGAAUAAUAACGUUAGUGCGAAUGGGUCGUUCAGUGAUAGUAGUGGCAGUGAGUUCCGGGUUAAAACCGAAAUGACCCGGCCGGAUUCGACCGGACACACUGAGGGUUAUGCGUUCAAGCGAGAUUUGGGUCAAGGAGUUGGAACCAGCGAGGAGAAGAAGCCAGCCAGACUGUAUCAGUGCAAACAGUGCGGCAAAACGUUCAAACGCUCGAGCACGCUAUCGACUCAUCUGCUGAUCCACAGCGACACCCGGCCAUACCCGUGCCAGUACUGUGGCAAACGGUUUCACCAAAAGUCCGACAUGAAGAAGCACACGUACAUCCACACCGGUGAAAAACCCCACAAAUGUGUAGUUUGUCUGAAGGCCUUCAGCCAGAGCUCGAAUUUGAUUACACACAUGCGUAAACAUUCCGGCUACAAACCAUUCUCGUGUGGACUCUGCGAGAAAGCCUUCCAGCGGAAGGUGGAUCUGCGGCGUCAUCGCGAGGGACAACACAGCGAUGUGGUUGGCGGGGGAUCCGCCACUCUUCCGGGGGAAGACUACAAAGCAAUGAUCGCUUCCCCGAGUAGCGUCUCAAACGCCCCCGCUAGCGGUGGCAGUUCCAAUAGCAGUGCACCCUCUCAUGCCGCCGUUGCGGCGGUUGCCGCGGCGGCAGUGGCUGCAGCAGCGGCUGCUGCGUCUUCCGCCAGUACCGGAUACCACCACCACCACCACCACCAACAAAAUCAUCAUCAACACCAUGCGGACGUUAAAAUGGAAGUUAGCAGCAGUUGUUCCUGAUUCGGUGCGGACUGGGUUAUCUCGGUGACGGCGAUUUAGUUUAUAUUUAUGUUACUCUCGAAAACGCUGGGCCUAAUGACGAUGACUGCCGAGAAUGUAUAAAAAAUGUAUCGAGGGUACAAGAGAGGAACACUGACAGCAACAGAUGUUGCUUAAUUUGGGUGUUUUUUUCUUUAUGAUCUUCGGGGCUAACCAACCGAAAACGAUCGUCUUCUACCGUUGUUGUUGUUGUCGUUGUUGUCUUGCACGCCACAAGCGUCAGAUGACGUUUUGGCAUUUUUUUUGUGUGUUUCUCUUCCACUCAGUGCAACCGAAGAAAAACCACAAAUCCAGACGAGGUGCAAAACGCGUGCCUUAGCGUAAUCAGUGUUCUAAUGUAGUUCUUAGUCACAUAUUAAAAAACCAUGUACAUAUAGUCACAUCGAGUCGCAAACGUACUGCUCGUAAACGUUAAGUUAUCCCAAAUAUUCCGUUCCGAUGUUUAGUUAGAGAAUACUUAGACCUAGUGAAACCAAAGUUUAUUCACUUCUGCUAUGACGAUUCCAAAUUGAACGUACAUUUGUUUAGGAUUCCCCCUCCCAAAAAAAAGCGAAGCUUCAAAAACCAAAUCAUGUAAAUGAGCACUUAAUUUGUAAACGUGUACAUAAACUUAACUUAUUUAGCCAUUAGUCUAUGUUUCGUACCCAUCGUCUAGUCUUCUGUGUGUAAAAACUAAAACAUAAAAAAAGAAAUCAAGAAAUACAACCGGGAAACCCUUCAAGUCGCUCCCCGGAGCCGGUAGGGGUUUCCCGGAGGGAAACGAGAGGCGCUUUUGUUACCGAACAAACACGUACCCCGCCGCAAGGACACAAACGCCACCGCGUUUGUGCGGGUGUACACCCGAAGGCCAGCGGGCCACCGAAGAACCCUGCGCCCCACGGCCCUUCGGAAAAAAACCAGAACAUAUUAGUCAUGAAUAGAGUUCUCACUUUUAUUCAUAAACAGCUACCGAACCAAAGACUCUAUUUGUAGAACCGAGUAAAUCGAAAGCACUUUUGUAAUUGUAUACUUACUGCUGCUGCUGCUCUGUUUCGUAUCCCUACUCUGUCCUGCUGUGCCCUUAUGCACCAUCGAACCCGUCCGAUUAGUUGCGUUCCAUUUUAUAAUUCCGCAAUUUUUUAUUUUACAUCGAGUUUACUCUCUAUCCGUCUCCGAUGACUGUUUCGGUGUUUGUUAUUUAGUGUGUAGAUACGAAGUCGGCUAAAAUGAAGAUCGUCCAAAAAAUUAGCGUUAGGCACAGAUUUCACUCCGCGUUUAUCUCCAAUUCAAAAUCGUUAGCACAAUAAUAAUUUAUGCUAGUUAAAUAUAUUUCCGUGUACAUACAGUUAACAUAGUCGAUAAUAUUCUUGUACUAUUUUCGUCAUUUCAAAACAUUGGAUGUACUUUAAACUAUUACUUAGAAUCGUAGCUGUUAGAACGUUGUAUAAUUUUGGGUAUAAUGUAGAAUCGUGUAAAUUGA